GGAACGCGCGCGCGCCUCCAAGGGUGGACGUUGGUACCGGGCUAUCAAUCACUUCUCGCAUGUUUUGAUUCCUGAAAGUUAGUGUCAGUGGACUCGCUGUAAAAUGUCCGCUGCGGCGCCGCCUGUAAAUGACCAGUAUGUGUUUCGUCGACGUGAAUUUGAAGAGCUGUCGUCAGAGAACCAGAGAAGAUGGCAUACUCCCCCUCAACCUGUCCAAGGCAGGCAGACCGCACUACAUCAGCAGCGACACAGGGUUGACGGCAGCCGGACCCGACCCCGACCCCCCAGCGACCCCAGCACCAGGUGGCCCCAUGUGGACGACCCCACCACCAGAGAGCCUCAGCUUGAUGACUGCGAGCGGAUGGGGACUCUGUUUGGGAUGCUCAACAAGUGUCUGCGGGGGGGUGGCUGCCAGAUGUACUUUGGGGACAAGAUAGUGGAGCCGGUGGUGAUUGUCUUCUUCUGGCUGUUGCUCUGGUUCCUGGGGAUCCAGGCCCUGGGACUGGUGGGAACUCUGUGCAUCAUCAUCAUCUACAUCCAGAAGUAAUGAGAGCUGGCGGUCAGAGCGGCGCCGGCUGUUUUCUUUGGUUAAUGCUUACACACGCGGGACUAAUGCUGCGGGAUGUUUGGAUUGGAGUCUGCAGUGGAUCUGUGCUUUUUUUUUUUGGGGGGGGGGGGUAUCUAGAAAUGGUUUGAAGCUCGCUCAGUUGGAGAAACUCCGAAGCUGGGUCCAGUGUUCAGGAUGGGACUGGUGCUCCUCCUGCCUCAGCAGCAGGAGUGGGGCUGUCCUGUUGCUGUUAGAACUUAAUGCGGUUGGACAUGGAGACAUUUUGGGAAGUGGCUUGUUUCUGUUUGACUUAGAAGCUACAUAGUGAAGGCCAGGAUGAAACACAACUGCACACAUCCCUGUGCAGUGUUUGACUGAUAAAGAAACUAACAUGCAGUAUGUUAAUGUGACGUUCAAGUGCAGCAGUGAUAUGAGUCCAGUAAUCAAUCAUAAGAAGCAGUGUCUGAAUGUAGAGCUGACAUACUGCACUUGUGAUGUUCUUGUGAAAGCUUGCAGUAAAAUGUUUACUUUGUGAUUGAUACUAGCCAUGCACAAUGAACUGAUGGCUGAUAAAAAUGUAAUUAUUGUUACUGUUCCAACUAUGAAAGACCUUUUUCACAGCAGCCAUUUUGACAAACAAUAGGUAGUAAGUAAGCUUGGUAUGUUGCUAUGCUAAAUGGAACUAAAUGUUAAGCCCCUGGGGUUGCCAAACGUACCGGUGCGUUUUUGCAAUGUUUCUAUCAAUAUCUGUGCAGUCUGUAUUCCUGUGAGAGCGAACACCAUUCACACAACGUGCUAGGAGUAUUCCUUACUGGUGGGUUCAUGUGUCCAUCUACAUUUUGUGUGAAACUGACUUCACUAAUUUAUCAUACAUUUAUAUUCCAUUUAUUCAUAUACUCCACUGUUUGUGACCCUAAGACUUUCAUAAACCCAUUUCAAGCACCAAAACAACUGGUCCACAUUAGUAAAGGUGUGUUUUCACAAGACAUUGGAAGAAUUUCAAAAUGCUGAUAUAUAGGCCACACUGUGUAUAUUCUGAAAGUUUUCUUACACCUCUUUAAAAUCAAGAAGGCCUCACAACCCCCUCUAAAGCUUUGGCUACCCUUAGUUCAAAAACUAGGGGUCAGAUGAUGUGUUUACACAGUGCUUUAGGACAGUUGGUGCUCAUUAUACAGCUGCGAUGAUUAUGCACAUUCUGAUAUCAAAGUCCCUUUAAAGGGGAAUUUAAGAAGAUAUGUAAACAUCAAGAAAAUGCCAUUAGACCCCAAAGGGAUCAUUAGUAUUAUUUGUAACUCCUCUGUUUACCCUACUAUUUCAUGUCAGAUGGCUGCUGUGAAAAAGGUCUAUUACAUCCAGUAAUGCAGAGGCUUUGUACAGUAGCUGCGGAGAGGGUGGUUUUGAAUGGGAAUCAGUUCUAGACAAGUAAGCCUCUCUCCUGCGCUCUGCGUCUUUGUGGCCAUGCUUGCCUGAUUCACUUCCUCUCUCUACCAGAUAACAGGUGAUUAUCAGUUAUUGGUGCAGGUGGAAGCGCUCUUCACUUCAGGGCAUCUGACAGAAAAAUGUGUGUAAUAUUAAUUACUUCUACACACACAAAGAUGUGACCCAUUCUGCACUGGAAACUGUGUUCAGAUACAGUAGUGUUCUUGUGCCGUCAAAACUCAACCUUUCUACUGGAUGCAAACGUACAGUCUUUCAGUUUGUCUGCUACUGUGGCGAGGACAUGGGAACUGGAGUGUUCAUGCACAGAGCUGCUCAGUAUACUGAUCAAUAUGAGACAUUGUUUUUUGCUUAUAUCAUGAAAUGUUUGUCGUAACCUAUUAAACUGUUGUAGUUGAGUGCAAUUAA